GCUUGUGGUUCUUCAAUGACGACAACAAAGAAGAUGAAAAAUUUCUCGAUGAAUACAAUAAGGUUGCUGGCGAAAUGAAGGGCAUGGCAAAAGUUUGUGCCAUCAGCUGCAAAGAGUACUCUGUGUUUUGCGAAAAGCAGGGUGUCAAGGAGACUCCAACCGUCAUGAUCUACCCUCCAAAUCCAGUGCCGGCGUUCAAGAUUGACGGCAAACUGGAGGGGAAGGCUGUUUUCAACAAGUUGGCCAAGUUUAUGCCUGACCAGACCGAAAGGAUCACGAAGGAUAAUUUGGACAAGUUCCUCACAACAGAGGUCACAAAGCCCAAGGCUCUCCUUUUCUCGAACAAGAAGUCGGUGCCUCUCAUUUGGAAGGCACUGUCCUCUGAAACAGUCUUCAAGCGCACUGUGAAGUUUGGCAUUGUGACUGAAGAUCAAACAGACAUUGUUCAACGGUACAAGGUCAAAAAGUUUCCCACAGUCAUCAUCCAACAAGGUGCCAAGGGAGAGAAGAAGGACACGUACACCGGUGAACUGAAAUUCCUGCCGCUCAAAGACUGGGUCAACCUGCAUUCUGAGUCUGGCAUGGGUGACAAAGUCUCAAGCGCUGGUGGCGCCAAAGAGGAAAGUGUGGAGGAAGCGAAGCCUUGGUUGGUGCAGGAGGUGCCUGAGCUGACUGCGAAGUCACAUCAGGAUGUUUGCUUCAAGGGCGAGGGCUUGUGCGUCAUCUUUCUCAAGGAUGGUGAGGCCUCGCCAGCAGAGAUUGAGAUGCUGACAGGUCUAUCCAAGAAGUACACUUCACAGCUCUCGGACCGUGGAGCCAAGAUGAAGUGGAUGUGGAUGAAUUUGGCCAUCGAAUCUGCGUACAAGGAGCUUUUUGCACCGGCUCAACUUCCAUCGGCUGCAGUUUUCAACCCUCACAAGAGGCUCCGCUUCACCCUACUUGACCACGGUGAAGAGGGCGAGGUCAAGGGCGAUGAGCAGGGAAUCACGAAGCUUUUGGACAAAGUUCUAGGAGGUGAUGCACGCUUCACCAUGGUGAAAGGGCAGAAGCUUCCUGCGUGGGCGCAACGAGAAGCUGCCAAGAAGGCAGUCGCACAGAGUAGCAGAAGGACGGAGUCGAACUUGCGAAGAGGGAGGAGGGAGGGAGGGAGGAAGACAAGGAGGAGGAGAAGGGGAGGCAGAGCUCUAAUGGGGUCAAGCGCUUGACCCUGACCUGAAGCGUUUCACUGCGCAAUUAGGGCGAAAGGGGACGGACCGCACCAAUUCUAUCCCAACUGUCCCA